AUGCUUAAGGGAUCGAUGAUAUCCAUGAAAGAGCUCCUCGAACGGGAUCUAGUUGUUAUCCAUGAUCUUUCAUACGAGAAAGACGCAGAAUGCGGGGUAUCACGAGGCUUAAUUCAGUCAAGCUUCCUAGAGAUCCACCUAUUGUUCUUUAAGGCUGAAACGCUUAGAAAUACCUCCCACGUACCUCAAUACGUAGUCUAUACCAGACAUGUCAUCAAGACUGGAUCAACACCAAAUGGGUUCACCUCUCCUCCACGAGGUUGGAACUCCUACGCUGUCCAAACCGAGGUCAUCACGCAAUGUGAUGAGCUGCCCGUUCUUGAUUCGGGUCACGAAUACUGCACUCUAAACUCCGGCUGGAGCGUCGGCGAUCAUGGCGAUGAACACGGACGCAUAAUAUUCGACCCUAGCAAGUUCUACUUACCGGCGUUGGCAGACCACCUCCAUAUAAGGACGAUUAAGGGGACGAGUAUUAAGAUCAAUGAUACUAUGAGUGGAAAUAAUAACAGGUUCGCGCGGUGUGAUUUUGAUUUCGCGAAAGAUAGGACGCAGGGCGUUGAUCUCGUCAAAUUGGACUACAUCACUCCAGGAUCUCCAGACAACGGUGCAAACCUUCCAGCGGAUAGCAGCGGCUCAGUGAUAGCUUUCCUUAAAGCGAUCCAGAAUUCUGGCCGCGAGGUGCGCCUCGAUAUCUCCUGGAAGCCGGUUCGGAGCAGCGAGUAUUCCGCGACCUGGGCAGGCAAUGCCGACAGCAUGCGUACGGAUCAGGACAUCAACGAAAGCGGCUCGUCGACUUUUGUAAAGUGGGCCACUGUCCAAAGAGCCAUUGACAACUACCGCGAUUUCAUCUCUGGCGUCGUCAAAGGCGACAGUAAUACACUGACUAUUUACCCGGACUGGGAUAACUUACUCAUUGGCAAUGCUGCCAGCGUCAGCAGUGUCUCUGAUGCACAGAGGCAGACGAUUGCUACGCACUGGUUUGGCGCUGCUGCAAACCUUACCGUUGGCUCUGACCUCACGAACCUAGACGAUCUGGGGCGUACGUUGCUCACAGACUCAGACGCGCUAGGGAUACCUAGGAACCCUGAAACUGGUGGUUCGGACGCAAAGCAGCUACAAGCAUGGGUUGAUGGGCCUGCUGCGAGCGGGUUUGGUACGAGCCGCAGUGGGACCCAGAAUGUGACGGCCUCUUACGAGGAUCUCGGCCUGAUUGGGACAUACAACGUGAAGGAUAUUUGGCAGAAGCAAGAUCUGGGGAGCGCGAGUGGAGGUCUGAGUGUGGUAUUGGACGAAGGCGAGAGUUAUCUGUUUAAUUUGACGCCUGUCUAG